CCUAUUUUAGGAAAACACUCGAUGGCCUUGGCAAGGGACUUGCUUAUGGCCAGCACAUGGUUUGUAUCCAUGUAACAGCAAAGAACCAUGACAGCAUCACUGAACUCUGCAACUCCUCACCCCACAGUGCAGAGCCCCAGUGACUCCAACUUUGCCAUGGCCACGGCCGACACACCUGGAAUCACCCAAGGGGCUUUUGUGGGAUGAUGCUGAGAGCAUAUAAUAUUGUUUGUAUGCUAUUUCUAAGCUCCGUUUUGGUUCUUUUGGCAUUUGGUAUCUGCAGACGCGAGGACUUGGCCGGACCCGAUCCUCAGCAGGACAGUGCACCCAUCAGCCCCAGCUCACACAUCCCACAGGGCAGACUGGGCCAGGUCCGGUGUCACCCCUCUCCCUGUCUCUCAGUGUGCCGAUGGUGAGGCUCAUCCGGGGUGAGGUCCAAGUCCUGACGUACCUGCGGAGACCUGAGGGAUUGUAAGGUGCGCUGAAAGCAGCAAGAAGCUGAUGCGGGAGCUGCUGAGGCCGACACAGGGACGCUGAGGUGGGCUCAGGGAUGGGCUCAGGGAUGCUGAGGUGGGCGCUGAGGCGGGCAUUGCUGAGGCGGGAUCUGCUGAGGCGCUGAGGCGGAGCGACCGCCCGCGCCCCCUCGCGGAGUGGCCGCCAUCUGCGCGGGGCGACCGCACCCGCGGUGCCGGCUCGUCGUGCCGCAUGCUAAUGCGCGGUAACUGCCCGGAGAGGAGAGGCGAGGCGGGGCGGAGCGAGCCGCCGCCUGCCCUCUCUCCCUCCCUCUUUCCCUGCCCGCCGCUCCCCCCGCCGUCGCCUCUCCUCCCCGGCCUCCCUGAUGCCGAGGAAUGGAUAGAGCGGCUGCCCUGCGAGCCGCCGGCAUGCUGGAGAGGAAGGAGCGGGGCGGCGAGGCGGCGGGGCCGGCCGUGCGGGGCUUGCCGGCCGUGCGGAGCACGCUGCAGCAGUGCGGGCUGCUCCAGGACCUCAUCGACAUCUCGCUGUCCAACCUGCGCGGGCUCCGCACUAAGUGCGCCGCGUCCAACGACCUCACCCAGCAGGAGAUCCGCACCCUGGAGGUGAAACUGAUUGACUACAUCCACCGCCAACGGCAGUGCAAGCUGAGUGUGCCCCUGAAUGACAGGACAGCAGAGCUCAACAGCUACCCGAGAUUCAAUGACUGGUUAGACAUUGUCAAUGUGAGGAAAGAAGUUGUACAGAGAAUACCAGAGGAGCUAACCUUAGAUGCCUUACUUGAAAUGAAUGAAUCAAAGGUGAAAGAAACAAUGAAGAGAUGUGGCGCCAGAGACGAGGAGUGCUCCAGACUCAAUGGGGCACUGAGCUGCUUAAGGAAGGUGACUGAAUCAGGUGGGGAGUUAAAAGAUGAUGUGCUGAUGAAUCUUCCUGAAGCACGCCGAGAGAACAGCUCUACAAACACAACUGAGUCCCCCUGCUCCUCUGCGCCCACGUGGACUCACAGUGCACUGAACCUUCCCAAGGGCAGCAGCCAGCAGGCUCGAUCGGUGUCGGUGUCUACAAUCCCAUCUUCAGAUUCUCCUGCCUCAAGUCACGGACCUUCUAUCUAUGCAGAAAACCUCCUGGACCCUUUUGCCUUCCCUGCACACAGUGGAAGGUUAACACCAAGGACUCCUCAUAGCAUCACCAUCACUCCCCCAACCACUCCUCAAGCCAAGAGACGGCACAAGUUGAAGCCACCACGGACUCCUCCUCCCCCUUGCCGGAAAGUUUUUCAGCUGCUACCUAAUUUUCCAACCCUCACAAGGAGCAAGUCCCAUGAAUCACAGCUGGGAAACAGGAUAGAUGAUGUUCCUCCAAUAAAGUUCGAACACUCCCAAGGAUCCCCUCAAAUGGUACGAAGAGACUUUGGCUUAGCUGUAACACACAGGUUCUCUACAAAGUCUUGGUUAUCUCAGAUUUGCCAAGUUUGUCAGAAGAGUAUGAUGUUCGGGGUGAAGUGUAAGUACUGCAGAUUGAAAUGUCACAACAAGUGUACUAAAGAGGCGCCUGCUUGUAGAAUAUCAUUCCUUCCCAUUGCCAAAAUAAGGAGAACAGAGUCUGUCCCUUCUGAUAUCAACAAUCCAGUAGACAGACCAACAGAACCACAGUUUGGAACUCUUCCCAAAGCACUCACUAAAAAGGAGCACCCACCAGCAAUAAAUCAUCUGGACUCCAGCAGUAAUCCCUCUUCUACAACCUCUUCCACUCCAUCUUCUCCAGCACCUUUCCAGUCUUCCAACCCUCCCAGUGCAACACCUCCCCCAAACCUAUCUCCUAUGGGCCAGAGGGAUGCACGAUUUAACUUCCCAGCUGCCUACUAUAUUCAGCAUAGACAACAGUUUAUCUUCCCAGAAAUUCCCAGUCCUGCACAAAUAGCACAGCCUCCAGAAACUGCUGCAGACACCAAUGCUAAAGAACAGCCAAAUACAGAUGGACUUAAACAUGAAGCAGAGCAGGUGGAAGAACCUGAGAGUAAUAAAUCAGAACCUGAAGAUGAUGAGGAUGAAGUGGAAGAUUUGCCAAACAGAAGGCCACACCUGCAAGGGAUGAUUUAUCGCAAACCCAGCCAGACCAGUGUCUACCUGCAGGAAUGGGACAUUCCCUUUGAACAGAUCGAACUGGGGGAUCCCAUUGGCCAAGGACGAUGGGGGAAGGUUCACAAGGGAAAAUGGCACGGGGAAGUGGCCAUAAGGCUGCUGGAGAUAGAUGGGAACAAUCAGGAUCAUCUCAAGCUCUUUAAAAAGGAAGUGAUGAAUUACAGACAGACCCGGCAUGAGAACGUGGUGCUUUUCAUGGGAGCAUGCAUGAACCCUCCUCAUUUAGCAAUCAUUACCAGCUUCUGCAAAGGAAGGACACUGUAUUCAUUUGUAAGGGACCCCAAGAUAUCCCUGGAUAUUAACAAAACCAGGCAGAUAGCACAGGAGAUCAUUAAGGGCAUGGGCUAUCUUCAUGCGAAGGGGAUUGUACACAAGGAUCUGAAAUCCAAGAAUGUUUUUUAUGACAAUGGGAAAGUAGUGAUCACUGACUUUGGACUAUUUGGAAUUUCGGGUGUGGUUCAGGAAGGAAGGAGGGAGAAUGAAUUGAAGCUUCCUCAUGACUGGUUAUGCUACCUGGCCCCUGAAAUCGUUCGUGAGAUGGCCCCUGGGAAAGAUGAAGACAAGCUGCCUUUCUCCAAAGCUGCAGAUAUCUAUGCCUUUGGGACUGUGUGGUAUGAGCUCCAAGCUAGAGAAUGGCCCUUCAAGAACCAGCCUGCCGAGGCACUCAUCUGGCAGAUUGGAAGUGGUGAAGGAGUGAAACAAAUCCUUGCAACAGUUAGUUUGGGGAAAGAAAUCAAUGAAAUUCUCUCAGCAUGUUGGUCAUUUGAUCUCAGUGAGAGACCCAGCUUCACUGUCCUCAUGGAUAUGCUUGAAAAACUGCCAAAACUGAAUCGUCGGCUCUCCCACCCAGGGCACUUCUGGAAGUCUGCUGAGUUGUAGCUACUGGUGCAAUAACGGGUUCCACCUUGCAUGCUUCCAUGUGUUGUAUCCUAACCAGCAACUUGGACAAUCUCGUUCCAUUCAAAAAAAUGGAAACAAACCACGAAAUUAACACAUGGACAUAAUCAACAUUUUAUCCGAAUUCUCCUUUUCUGCCUUUUUCUGCUUGGCGUGGGCUGUUAGCUUGAAUAACAACUCCUGCCUGCAAGAAGUUACUGUCUAACAACGUGGCACCUCUCACUUCUGAGCCAUGUCAGCAGCUGGUGCCCUGCCCUGACCAACGGGGCACAGGCAGCAGCAGGUUGGGGCUCAGCUGACACUGGCAUUUGUGGCCUGCACAAGAGGCAGAAGGGGGAAGUUUCCUUGCUGCUGUCUGAAGUGGUGGCUGUCAUCCUUAGUGCUGGGCUGUGGCUUUUGACUCAAGAUAACAGGUACAUUUUCCACUGGCAUAACCAACAACUGAACACAUCACUUGCAUUGCAAACCAAUGUGACUUAAGGGCCAUAUCAGGUCAGUUCUCCUGCAGGGCCAGAUCCAGCCCUGCAUUGAACCAAGGGUCACCUUUGUCAGGGGUGCACACGGCAGGUGAAGUUUCUGCAUAGAAAGGAGGAUAGUCCUCGCUGUGCUCAGGGCAGAUUGCAGUCCCAUAGCCUACCUGGGAAUGCACCACCACCACCUGCAUCCAAAACUGAGAUCAACUACAGCACUGUGCAGAAGAGGAGGGAAGCAGGGAAGCCCUUCAGUUCCUCAUUCUCCUUCCCUUGUAAAUCCAUUGUUUUAAGUUCUGUGAUUUGUUUUUGUUUACAUCCCUGGUUCAGCAAAAUGCCUGACUCUGCAGUAGGAACUCUGCAUUACCGCAGGCAGUGCCUCAGCCCUGUGCCUUUUUCCAAAAGGUCAUUUUUUUAUUCCUUCUUUGAAAAAAAUCUGUUCCAUGGGGGACAGGACAGAGGCAGAUUUGCAGCAGGACCCAGGGAGGUUUUUCCUGUGUUCAGUGGGGACAAAUACACCCAAAUACACCUACACGUCAUUCUCUCAGAAAGGCAGACAACCUGCACACUGCACUGGAGGCUGCUGAAGCCCUCACGUAUUCCUGCUCCCUGCCCUGCUGCCUCCUCACAUGUACGUGUAGGAAGGCAUUUUGAAGUGAAAACGUCUCUAGCUCCACUAACAGAUGAAAGCUGAAGGAAAAGACAUCUCUAUUUACUUGCUAUAGACUAUAAAGAGGAGCAGGAAAUUGAUGUACCUUGUCAGAAUGCCCCUUCCCCUUAAAAAAGUGAUUUUUUUCCCCCUCCAUUUCUAUUUCAAGGAAUCCAAACGUCUGUCAGCCUCCUCCCCGCCUUAAGUCAGGUACUUAUAAACACCUCCUGUUUUGCCAAUUGGAGCCACAUGCUUUCACUAAUGAGGUUUGCAUGAUUAAAUUUCCAAUGACUGCUGCUUAAUUUUUAAACUCUGCUGGGUGAUCUCACACUGCAUGAGAGCAGAACCCAGCCAGUUUUCUUUUAUAAGACUGUAGCUUUCUAAAAAAAAUCACAACAAAAACCAACAGUAAAUAAAUAAUUUCUCCCCUCCCUUUUCCUUCUCCACUCUUUCAGCAUUAACAGUAGCAAAGUUGUCCUGCGUUUUGAGAGAUUUGGCUUGGGAAUCCUGGAACCAAGUAAUCAAAAGCUGUAGCAUGGUGUGUAGUUGUCUUGUGACAUCUACCUACUUAUAAAGAAAUCUUCACUGAAUCUUCCAAGCAAUGAAACUGGUGCAGCCACAGCUGAGAGCCACACGACCAUCAGUUCAGUCCUUCGUUGUUGGCAAAAAUGUGAAUUCUGUCUAAGCACCAGCAGUUCUUUAAAGGAUGUUUACAUGAUGCUUUUGUGUGAACUAUAGUUUUUUAAAGCAUAAUAAACAGCAAAUCAUUUUAACUACAGCCAUUCAACCAGCACAAAGAGAAACCAACCUUUUCCUAGUUCCUUUUUGUGUCUGUGGCUUAAAUAGGAACGAUCUUCUGCCUUCAGUGCAUUUUCCCCUAAGAUGAGUGGAACCGCUUUGUUUCAGAAUGGUUAUGUAUCUCUUACAAGGAGAUGGGAGUUUUAAAUUAAGUUUUUCUCUCGUUAAGGUAAAAUUUAUCUAUUGCAUUGUGAUUCAUCCAAGCUGAUAACUCAGUUUGUGAUCACUCUGGUUUGUUUCCUCAGGGUUGGUCUAAGCUCUGGGUUACUUUGAAUUAAGUUAAAGUAGUAAAAAUCUGCCUCUCAUGGGAGAGUUUGCUGUCAAACAUACCGUUAUCUCCACUGAAACACAGAACCAGGCACUUCAACACAGAACUCACAGGAAAAGCUGCAUUGCCGUGCCACAGCAUCUCGGGUUGGCUCAGGAGGGAACGGACCUCUGGGUCCAUCCGCUUCCAGCCCCGCUCAGGCCACCCCAGCUGCCCCUGGAGAAGCCGAGCUCCCAGGAAGCUUCAGGCACAACCCGCUUUGCCCCCAAACCAGCAGCACUGCCAGACCUCACCUCUCACUGCCCUGAUCCACAUCUCACUUGUAGAAGAGGUAUUUUACAGGAUAGAGCUCCAGGGAGGGAAGAAAAUCAAGGGAAAAAGCCAUCCCUAAACAACGUGUUACGUACUGUUCUGAUACACGGAGCUUGUUAAGAGAUUCAGAGUCAUCUCUCCCCCUGUGCACACAUGUGUUACUCUGGACAGUCAGAUAAGUCUGCAAGAAUUUAAGUAAUUCAGGACUAAGAUGUAGUUCUGAGGAAAACUAAGAACAACAAACCCCCUGCAGCAAGGAAAGUCACAUUGUGUUCCAGAGAACCUGACUCAGUCCAACAGCUCAGACCUGUUUCAAAGGUUAAAUUUAAGACCAAGAAAAAACUCAGCCCCCAAAAAUCAAAACGAAACCAUGUGCUACCACGUGUAACACACAGACUGAUAAGGACACAGUUGAUUAUGGCAGUAUCUCAAUUGCAAAUGAACUGCAAGCUGUAUUAAAUGUUCCCUCACACCUCUAUUCUUAUUCCUCUGCCUUCACCUGUCAGCCAGAGCAGCAGAACAACUAUAAUUACACAGUGAACAUUAAAGAGCCCUUCUGUCCUCACACGGCUUCAUUGUUAAGGCAGAUCAUUAGGAGUUACUGGAUAUCAUCAAAUUUCAUCCCUCCAGUCACACCAGUACAUUACGUGCCUCUUUUAUAUCUUUUGCUGCUGUUUCAAGUCUUUAAAAUGUGGAUCAAAGAGGGAAGAGCUCCAAAGUCCUCCACGAGGCACACGAAGUGGGAGGCACUUGGGUUACAGGCACCUUUAGAGAAAAAGCAAGUGGAGGAAAACAAACAAACAAACAACAAGGCUGUGUUGAACAGAGAGCUCACUCCUGUACUGCACUGCGGUGAUUUUAAAACAUGUCUCAGAUAUAAAACAAAAUUGGUUUGGUGGUAGCCAAGCAUGGAGACAUGGUUCUCUUGGCCUCCGCCUCACCACCUCAGUAAAGCAAAUAGGCCCCUCAGCACACACGGCCCUUUUAGCCACCACCUGCUCACCUGCUUCUCUUCAAGCCUUGCUACUAUUCGUGCUCUCACAAUAACAGUGUCACAGGUUUCAGCAGGGGUUGCUUUCCAACCAGUACUGCUUAAGUAUUGACAGUGCAAUACAAAGCAAGGAGAGAUGUGCUUCAUAGCAACGUUAACAUUAUGAACCCAUGGGUGGCAGUGUGCCUUGCCUUAGGGAGAGCAGGAGCUGCUGCUGGAUGCACACAUUGCUUCACAGCCAUAGGGUGUGAGCAGCCCCUCUGCUAACCCACACCGUGCUCCUCACUGCUACUCCUGCCGUCUGUGUGCAUACAACAGGUCUUACCUGGGACACCCAAAGCUUUCAGUGUGGGAAAGAAACAAAGUGAUUGCUCACCUGGCUGUCAGCAGUAGCGCUGCUGUGGCAAUGUGCAACAGCAAUGCUGAGACAGGACAACCUUAGUCUCUUCCUAUGGGAUGGCUGGUUGGACAGACAACUGCACUGGGUGAUACCCAGCUUACAACAAAACAAAAUUAAAAAGCAAAAGAUGUUGUUCUCCCCAUGUGACUGUCCUCACAUGAGGUUCAAACCCUGGCUGUGAAGGCUGUUUCCAGGCAGAAUGCUGUGCCAGCCCUGCUUCCCAGCAAGGCAGCUUCACCUGUGCCAGCAGGGCCACCUGUCCCUUCAUGCUGCACUCUAAAGUGUGCAGGAAGCAGAAGGGCUGACCCAGGAGCACUGCAGGCUGAUGGAGUGCUGUCCUGCUGCAGGAAGACUUUCAAACCUUGCCUUGAAACCACAAAGUCUGAGAUUCAGUCUCAGCCUUCCUUGGUUUUGUGUUUAACUCUCAUAAAUGGCUCUUAAAAGCAAAACCCAGCACACCAGAGAGCAGGGCUGAUUACUGUCCGUGGGUGAUGUGUUGCAGUCAGCUGUGUAAGGCACAUGGAACAACAAACAGAACCUGUGGAGCAGUACAGCUGUGAGUGAAGUUGGGCUCUUCCACCCAUCACAGCUGAGCAGCAGCCAUUGGGUCACACUGCUUUAUGGCCACCUGUGCUGGUGAGAGGCACGAAGCACAGAAAGCCUGUCCUGUUGUAAAGGUGUAAAUGUGAAGCUGGCUGUACAAUGCUGCUACAAUAGCCACACGUCAAUAGUGAAUGUAAAUGCAGUCUGUAAUAUGGUGAAAAUUGACACGUUUUUCUUUUCAAAUGUGUUGUAAACUUUGUACAGUAAAAUUUUUUAAAAAUAUUUUCUAUCAGAGUGUCUUCCAGAAUUGCUAUUAAAUUAAUUAAAGAUUGUUAGUAUUAACAACUGUUUCUGUAUUAGUUUAUGCAACCAGCAAGGGGGAAUAAAGUGCACAUUAUGGUAAUGAAAUCUGGGAUACACAGCAGUCUUAUCAGCAAAUAAAUCUUUGCUCUGGAUAAAGCAA